GCUUGAGUUUUACAUUAAGUCAGGUUAAGUUUUAAAGUCAGUCAGUCUGCAGUUUCUUGCUUUCUUGCUUCAUACAUCGUCGUGACAUAUCAUGCAUGAUUGAUCCUCUGGAAAACGUUCUUUUCCUAGCGUAGAAAUAAACUAAUAAAAGUUUCCGUACCUUUAUUGACUAUAGUUCACUGGAAUAAAUAAGAUUACAACUGCGAUCAAACAUAAAUUGUGAGAUAUAAAAAUGCCGGACAAAGAAAAUUUGAAGCUUGCAGUUAUCUGUUCUAGCAACAUGAAUCGAAGCAUGGAGGCUCAUGCAUUUUUAAGCAAAAAAGGAUACCAGGUUCAUUCCUUUGGCACUGGUGACAAAGUCAAACUGCCAGGUACAGCACCAGAUAGACCCAACUGCUAUGAGUUUGGGACUACAUAUGAAGAAAUCUAUCAAGACUUGCUGACAAAAGAUAGAUCAUUUUACACGCAAAAUGGUUUACUGCACAUGCUGGAUCGCAAUAGACGCAUUAAAAAUUGGCCUGAAAAAUUCCAGCUCAGCACUGAGCAAUUUGAUGUCAUAUUCACUUGUGAGGAAAGAGUGUAUGACCAAGUAGUUGAAUGGUUGUCAAGUAGGUCACCUGUUGAUACUGCAUCUGUACAUGUCAUAAACAUAGACAUACAAGAUAACCACGAGGAAGCAACAAUUGGAGCAUUUUUGUUCUGCGAACUAGCAGCAUUGUUAACUAGCAGCGAAGAUCUUGACAAUGACAUUGAUGAACUUCUUAAUGAUUUUGAAACUAAAUGUCAGAGGCCUAUAAUCCAUUGUGUCCUCUUUUAUUGAAGAACAUGUUAUCUGCAAAGUAUUUAAUUGUGGUGCAGGGCUUAAAUAUUCCUUCUGUGCCUUCAAUCAAUUGGCACGGAUAAUAAAUAAAACCUUUCUGAUGAAGUCAGGACAGAUUUUGCAAUGUGUUAGCUCAUUGCUUCUUUCUAAUAUGAUAUAUGAAAUCAUGUCAUGUGCCAAAAUACCGCACACAUCGACUAGCUGGCAUCAAAUGUCAACAAUUUUGUGAAUUAUUAUUUAUUGUCAAAAUUCCCUUCCAUUUUCGGAUUUAUUGUACAGAAUAAAAAUUUACCAUAGCUUCAAUAAUUCCAGAGUAUUGAUAAAAAUUUGUGUUACUGUUUCAGGGUGCAAACCUGUCUUGUAAGCCGCCUCAAAAUGGGAGGCCAUUGUACAAAAUUGUGUACUAUCUAGAAAUAAAAACUAAAGUAUUGGA